UGCCCCUUUUUUUCGUUCCUUCUUAGCAGAAGACUCGGAAAGUGGCGUUUACAUGCGAUUCAUGAGGUCACACAAGUGUUACGACAUCGUCCCAACCAGUUCAAAGCUCGUUGUCUUUGAUACUACAUUACAAGUUAAAAAGGCCUUCUUUGCCUUAGUAGCCAAUGGUGUUCGAGCAGCGCCACUGUGGGAAAGUAAGAAACAAAGUUUUGUAGGAAUGCUAACAAUUACAGAUUUCAUAAAUAUACUACAUAGAUAUUAUAAAUCACCCAUGGUACAGAUUUAUGAGUUAGAGGAACAUAAGAUUGAAACAUGGAGGGAGCUUUAUUUACAAGAAACAUUUAAGCCUUUAGUGAAUAUAUCUCCAGAUGCAAGCCUCUUCGAUGCUGUAAACUCGUUGAUCAAAAAUAAAAUCCACAGAUUGCCAGUUAUUGACCCUAUCAGUGGGAAUGCACUUUAUAUACUUACCCACAAAAGAAUCCUCAAGUUCCUCCAGCUUUUUAUGUCCGAUAUGCCAAAGCCCGCCUUCAUGAAGCAGAACCUGGACGCGCUGGGAAUCGGGACCUACCACAACAUCGCCUUCAUCCACCCCGACACGCCCAUCAUUAAAGCCCUGAACGUCUUCGUGGAGAGACGAGUGUCCGCCUUACCUGUUGUGGACGAGUCAGGGAAAGUCGUAGAUAUUUAUUCCAAAUUUGAUGUAAUUAACCUUGCUGCUGAAAAAACAUACAAUAACCUAGAUAUCACCGUGACCCAGGCACUUCAGCACCGUUCCCAGUACUUUGAGGGCGUGGUCAAGUGCAGUAAGCUGGAAAUAUUGGAGACCAUUGUGGAUAGAAUAGUAAGAGCGGAGGUCCAUCGGCUGGUGGUGGUGAAUGAAGCAGAUAGUAUUGUGGGUAUUAUUUCCCUGUCAGAUAUUCUGCAAGCCCUCAUCCUCACCCCACCAGGUGUCAAACAAAAGGAGCCGAAAACUGAAUGACUUUUGUGAAUAGAGCCCUUGUAGGACUUGAACUAAGAUUCCGGGUCACGCUUUGCCUCAUGAACACUGAUGCCAUGGAAGAGAGGAAAAUGGCCAAGGAUGUCUAUCAGGGUUUAGUGAUGGGUAUUUUUUCCAGUGAUGUUGAAACUAAGCAUAAAAAAAGAGGACUAUAUGUUUUUGAAGGGUCAGGCUUGUAUUAAAAGGCUAUUUUCAGACCUCUGUCUGAAAGAUUUCAAGUGCUGUAUGUCAUUAAAGUGCACUGUGUCCUGAAA